UGUAUGCAGUGGAACUUGAAUCUUAACUUAUUAAUUAGCUCUGGCCAGAGUCGUCCUCCUCGUCGUCGUCGUAAUUGAUAAAUUGUAAAAUGGACUGCGAUCUUUCUUAACUAUUUUCUAUUCUGUCUGUGACUUCAUAUCUGCAUAUUCGCUGCGCUGCUGUUGCAUAGCCCUAUCUUCACUGUUUAUGCCCCGCCAGGGGUUCUGUAGCUCAAUCACUUUGAUCAUUCAGAAGAGCCUGGCGCUCGAGUGAAAUUAACUGAUCGGACGAGUCGUAUAUAUACAACAGCAUCAUGUCACAACCGACGUUUCCCCCUCCUCCUUCUCAAGCCCAGCCUCAACCCCAGCAUUUCCCUCCUCCUCCUAGAUCUGCCACAUUUCCUCCCCCUUUAGCCUCCCCCGGCUUCCCUCCACCACAACCAUCCCCAGGCUUCCCUCCUCCAAACUACGCUUAUCCUCGCCCCCCAAGCUCGUCGCAAAUCUCGCAAAUCUCACAGUAUCCACCUCCACCGAGUAGUCGCCCGUCGACAACAAGCCCGCCGCCACGCUUCGAUGGAAACGCAGGUGGUGCAGCGGCGCAUCAGGCUGCUAUGGCCGCUGCUGCCCUGGAGCAGAAGAUGCCUAUAUCGCCGCCGCCUAUGUCUCCUCCGCCAAUGGGCUUGAAAGCUUUGGUGGGUGGAGGUGCGCCGCCUCCUGGUCAGUUCAAGGGCGCGCAGGCUACAGUAGCAGACGACGUGGGAACGUUCAAUGGAGGAAGCUACCGAAUCAGCCACCGUAGUACCAACACCAUCAUUACCUUCCAGCUAGCCAUGGGAGCACCACUAGAAGCAAGACCAGGGGUCAUGAUUGCAAUGUCGCCUAGCAUUACGCUCAAAGGAAACUUCCAUUUCUCUCUGAAAAGGCUCGUCGUUGGAGGCGAAAUGGCCCAUUCAACAUAUACUGGCCCAGGAGAGGUGCUUCUAGCUCCGUCUGUACUGGGAGAUAUUACCACUUUGCGACUGGAUGACGACGAAGAGUGGAGGGUUGGUCGCGAUGCCUUCCUCGCGGUCACAAGCGGCAUUAAGAAGAAAUACCAGUCGCAGAGUCUCUCCAAAACCAUGUUUUCGGGUGAAGGUUGGUUCACCUACAAAAUGGGCGGCAAGGGCUUGGUGUGGCUGCAGAGCUUUGGUGCUAUAAUUAAGAAAGAUCUUCUGGAAGGAGAGGAUUAUUACAUCGACAAUGGCCAUUUGGUUGCGUGGAAUUGCGAGUAUAAAAUCGAGCGUGUCGCUUCUGGUGGUGUCAUUUCUAGUUUAAGUUCUGGCGAGGGUCUCGCGUGUAGAUUCAGAGGACCUGGCACGGUUUACCUACAGACGAGGAAUGUUAAUGCUUUCGCCAUGCAUAUUGGUGCAAGCACAGCAAGUGGAUGAUUUGAAACUGGGGUUUCGGCUUGUAAUUUCAUUUCUACCUUAUUUACCGUCUUUUGUUCAUGG